GUCAAUUGAUUAGUUGAUUGCCACGUGGAGUGAUUUGUUGAUUGACACGUGGAUUGAUUGGUUGAUGGAUUGAUUGAGGUUGAACAGGUAUAUCAAUUCUUCUCUUUUUCUACAAAGAAAAAAAGAUAAAAAGAUGAAGUCCAGGGAUCAUCUCGUCAGGACUCGCCUGCGGAGGACACUUGGAGCGAAUGCUGCGAAGAAAGGGACAGUGAAGCUGGCACCACUGAUUCGGAAAAGAAUAGACAGGGGCAGAGAACUCAGAGGAGGAGGAGGAGCAGGAGAGGGAGGAGGGAGAGGAGGGGGAGGAGGAUGUGGAGGAAAGAGAGCGAGCAAGGUCCAUGUGGUUGGUGGCCCAGUGGGGAAGCCCAAGCCGUUGAUUGGAAUGAAUAUCCGCUACACGAGGGAAGGGGCAAUUGUGGAGUUAUCUGACAAGAAGUCAGUGGUUGCAAUUGAUGGCUGUGCUCGGGUCAAGCUGGUGGAAGGAGAAGCUUCGAUCCAUGGUUUCCAAUUAAGGAAAGGCAAGGAUGUCACCGUCACGUCGAAUGCCAAGAUCGCCAGUGCUGUGGUGAUCAAUAAUGGAAUUUCUUUCGCCAACCCAAACAUUUUGCACGAGUGCGAUGUCACAGCGACUCCUAGUUCCACUGCCUGCGAUUGCUACAACUUCAAGAAAACUGUUCUGGAAGUGCGCUCAUUGCACGACCGUGAAGAGGAGGACCAGGAAUGCGCUGCCGGAGACCGCAGCUGUCAACUUGGUUUUCAAUUGGUAUCAGGAAGAGGGUGCGGUGAACUCUUAGGAGAAACAGUGCCUAGUGAUGAGAGAAUGCCUAAUCGUAGUUGGCCUACAACCAUCAUUCCCAGGAGCUGGUGUGAAGCUGCACAAGAGGUCUGCUCCUACAACACAAGGGGAAAAGACAAUAUGAGUGGAUGUCAGCAAUUUCCAGCACCAAUUGUUACAGUUUGUGGACCGAACGGUUCAGGAAAGUCAACGAUUGGAAGGCUGUUAGUCAACAGUCUGCUCAAUGUGUACCCCAAGGUGGCAUACCUGGACACAGACUUGGGACAACCUGAGUUCACAGUACCUGGUUGCUUGUCUCUGCAUGUUCUUCAUGAACCUUUCUAUGGGCCUCCAUACAUGCAUCUUCGCAAACCAGAGAGGUUCUACUUCUAUGGAGAUGUGUCUCCUUCUGGAGAUCCCAUUAGGUACCUGUAUUACAUCUUUGCCCUUUACAGGCAUUUCCGGGAGGUCAUCUGCGCGUCUCACGGAACAAGUGGUGGUUUGAGAAAGAGUGAGGCUAUUCCACUUGUUAUCAAUACUCAUGGUUGGAUUCGAGGCAUUGGCUUUGAAAUGCUGGUGGACAUCUUGCGAUACAUUUCUCCGACGCACGUGUUUCAAAUGGAAAGAGGAACCAUUUGUCAACAGCAAAGAUGGCAUGAUCCCGGCAAAUUACUGCCCAGGGGCAAAUUCUGGUGCGAUCCGGAGAAUUCUGGAGACGAGGGAGAGUAUUUACACGUGAAACAGGUCUACCUGACCUUGAGAUUUUCCCUCCUGAGUGCGAGAAAGGGCCAUUCCAGUGAAUAUCUGAGAAAUCUGAGGCUUCUUGCGUUCUGGGAAUCCUUGACGGGACGAAGGCAAAGCUCCGAGUACCCAUUUAACCUAGAGGCUGCGUUUCAAUUGACAGCAGAGCGACUGACCAUGCACCGACCAUACCACGCUCCCCUUGCAGCUUUGAAGUUUCAGCAUGCGCUGAUGCAGAUUCCGGAAAAAGACAUUCUUUAUGCAGCGAAUGGAAGAUUGAUCGGGUUGGUGUACGAUGGGGCUGAUGUGCAUGCACAUGCACAGCAGGGCACAAGGCAAGCAGCAAGCCGCAGGGGCGGCCAAGCAGGCAAAGCGGCAAAGGAUGGCGAGCAGCUAAACCGCCCGGUAAGCAGCAGCAAGGCAGGCAACAAGGCACAGCUGGGGUUGGGUGGGCUGUUGAACGGUAAGUACUCCUCGUGCGCUCCUUGUUAUGAUGAUGCUAAAGAGUUUGACCCACUCGAGUGCUCCUCGACGACCACCAGGAUUCUGCUCGUAGCCAAGCAUGCGUACAUCGGCGCCCUGUUCUUGAACUCAAAGAGCGGAUGCCAGACGUGGUUGAGCCACCUGGCAACCUCUCACGGUGUCGACGUACCGGACUUGAAGGACAAAAUCACAUGGGAGAAACCGACAAGGCUGUGGAAGAAGCGGUUCAUCGUCGACGACGCGCCGGCACUCGCCAUCAACCGUUUGUUCACCAUGUCACAGGGCAACACUGCAACACGGGAUUGGCUCACGGAGUGGCAGAACAUUGCGGAGGUGCCCAAUCUGGAAUUGGCAUUCACGCAUCUACGUCGCGAGUUCUACAACAGGUCCUGUGCGGCAUUGAGCCAGGCUCUUGGUGAUUGCGAGCAGUACUCAACCUUCGCUGAGAUCAUUGACAAGGCGAGGGAAAUCAUCAAGACCAACAGGUCAGCUGCACAUGAGAGGUCAACAUGGCCGCCGACCUAUGUGGAGAAGGUACGAACUGGUCCGCGACAUCAGCACUUACUGCAGUCCAGUCGGACAGUGGAGAUAACCCAGCAGCCACUCCAGCAUCAAGUGACGGAGAUCAGGUGGCUGCUGUCCAGCCGCGAAGCAACAACAAGUCCCGCAACAAUGGGAAGGCAAAAUCCGCAUCGCAGGCCGGAAAUGGACAGCCAGUACAAGUUCCAUGGGUCAAUACCAGCUCCGUUGAUGGACACCGGAGUAGAGGUUGUCGACCUUCACGCUUACAUUGCGAAGAUCGACCGCGAGUUCAAGAUGCAACGGUACGACGACAUCGACGCACCAUUGCUAUAUGUACGCAUUCAGAUCGGAGAGGUGACCUGCAACGCCUUGAUCGAUUGCGGAGCAUCUCGCAACUACAUCAGCCAGGACUUCAUGGUGCGCGCCAGCCUUGGCCCACGCGUCCGGAGGAAGUCCCAGCCGAUGCAAGUCACGUUGGCGGACGGUCACACGCACAAGUCCAUCGACCGGUGCAUUGACAACGUCCUAGUGUACUUUGCCCCUCACGCAAGUGAGGCGGUGUCCUUUGGCAUUCUGGACACCAAAUUCAACAUGAUCUUGGGCAUGUCAUGGCUGCGAAGCGAGGAUCACCCGUACAAAGCAAACCGCGACAAGUGCGAGUUCGCACAACAGGAGCUGGAGUACUUGGGACACAAUGUGACGCCGCAAGGCAUCCGUCCGCUUGCGGACAAGAUCGAGGCCCUACGAGUAUGGCCCGAGCCCACCAACACCACAGACGUUCGUUCAUUCAUGGGGUUGGCGGGCUACUAUCAGCGAUUCAUCACCGGAUACUCCAGGAUUGUUGCACCUAUGAUGAGGUCACAGUCGCCAAAGGUGCCAUUUGUAUUCGAUGACGACGCACGCCGGUCAUUCCAUGCACUUAAGGCGACUAUGCUCAUGGCACCCGUCCUUAGCAUCUAUGACCCCACCCUGCCGACGCGAGUGACUACGGACGCUUCCGGCUAUGGCAUUGGGGCAGUCUUGGAACAGCACGACGGCGACGACUGGCACCCUGUGGAGUAUUUCAGCCACAAAGUGCCUCCCAUCAACUCGCUUGAUGAUGCAAGGAAGAAGGAGCUGCUCGCAUUCGUGAUGGCUCUCAAGCGCUGGUGGCACUUCCUCCUUGGGUGUCGUAGGCUCACAUGGGUCACAGACAACAAUCCAUUGACCUACUACAAGACGCAGGACACAGUGAGCAGCACGAUCGCACGAUGGAUGUACUUCAUCGACCAAUUUGACUUCACACCGAAACAUGUCCCCGGCCUCUCCAAUCGUGCAGCAGAUGCACUCUCGCGAAGACCUGAUCUUUGCGCUAUGACACAUCAUGCCUUCGCAUUCGACGAGGAGCUUUAACGACACUUCAUCCGGGCAUAUCAGUCUGAUCCGGACUUCGACACGCUCUAUGCACAGCUAUCUUCGGAUCACCCGCCGGCCAGCCGUUACCGCAUUGCCGACGGGUACUUGCUCCUCCACUCGAGAGGCAAGGACUUACUAUGUGUCCCACGCGACCGUUGUCUUCGGACUCGCCUCCUCGGCGAGUACCAUGAUCCACGACUCGCCAACCAUUUUGGAGUCAACCGCACUAUUGCACAG